AUGGAAUUCGACCAUGGCCAGCCCUAUCCCAACUGGACGUAUUAUCACGAUUCCGGAGGUGCCCAAUAUGGAUCAGCAUCGAGUGGCGGCAGCAAGCUCCCAUACUGGCAGCUCAGUCUUCGGAAGGGAGAUAUUCGACUUCUUGUGAUGAAUCCGGCCGAAGAUCCAAUGAGCCCGAUUCAGUGCAGUCUAGAACAGUUUCCACAACAUAGAACUGGCAAAUACGUGGCACUCUCUUAUCGCUGGGGAGAAUUGGUCGAUGACAGCCCUCAUAUUGACAUAUCAGGGAGGCUCGUUCGGGUGACCAAAAGUCUCGCUCAUGCUCUUCAGGAGUUACGCCGACAACAGCACUACCGUGUUUGGGUGGACCGACUCUGCAUCAAUCAACACAACACCGAAGAGUUGGCUUCUCAAGUGGAGCGCAUGGGAGACAUUUACAGAUAUGCCUCCCAAACUAUGGCAUGGCUUGGGUUUUGCCGGGGAUCAGAUAUCGAGACUUUUGAGAACGCAAGAUCACUGGUGACUUCCUUGGUCGCCUGGGGAGAAAAGAAUAAAGGCACAGCGCAGCACAAAGGCAAGAAGUCUGCCGGAAAGUCGAAUGCACCGUCGUCACCUCCACCGGGAAUUCAACCAUACUGGACGGAGCUUUUGGCCGUUUUCAAAAGGGAGUAUUGGAGUCGCGCAUGGAUAAUACAAGAAGUCACGGUUUCGCGGAGAGUGGAAUUCUUCUGGAAUAACCAACACUUCUCGGUCAGGGAACUCAAAGCAGCGAUCGCUGCGUGCAAAUCUUUGGCGCCUACAACACUCGAAGCGAGGGAACUGCGAUGGAGCAAAGAGUUCCAGCACGUCGACCGUCUGAUGGGUUUCCGAAGUUUUCGGGAAUCACCCAUCCGUCUUCUCGAAGCACUUAUACGAUCUCGAUAUGCAGAGUGCUCAAAUCCUAGAGACAGGCUCUACGCCUUGAAACACAUCGCCUCAGACGGGAGGGACAGCGUUUCGCUUCCGAACUAUGAGGAGUCUCUCGAAGCUCUCAAUCGACGGACCGUCUGCCGGCUCAUCGCGAUGUAUCAAGAUCUCGACAUGGUGAUCUUCCCUACGCACGUAACGAAAACCUGGGUGCCCCAACUAGACAAUCCCGAUACUUGGAAAGAAGAGAGAACAAACAACUACUUGACAGGGAAGAGCAGUUUUGUGCCAGAACGAUCUGAUUGCGAUUCCGGGUCAAGCAGAACUAUUACAGAAUGGAGAGCUACGCUGGGUUCUCGAUCACUCUGGCGUGUUGAUGGCCAAAAAGGGCUUCGGGUGCAUUACAAGAGGAUUGGCCGCAUCACCCAAUGCUCAGCUACCGACGAUGAAGCAAACCAGGACGAAACCGGGGAGCUGAGAAAAGUGAGCAAGUACGGUGCCCGCAGAGUCAAACACCUGAUUUCUCUUUGCUGGCUGCUGUACGACUUGCUUCCAAACAAGAAGUCCCCGGACGCCAAGGCUAUUAAGAUUGGGGAUAUUCACUACCUCUUGACUGAGUCCGUGCGAAAAUCAGUCCGUAAAUCCGUCCCGGGUUUUUACAAGUGGCUCUUUUGUCGACAGAAUCUCAGUUUCAAGAUUGAUGAUGUCCCGCUCGCAAACUGGUUUUGCGCAUAUUCCGAUAAGACCAGGGUGAAGACUGCGACGAAAGCCAGGCGCUGUUACUCUUCGGUUCAGAUGGGGAUGCGUCUGUUUACUACAGAUCACAGUAACCUAGGCUGGGCUACCAGCUCCUGUAGGCCUGGAGAUGAGCUGUUUCUGAUAAAAGGUUGCAGUGUGCCUGUGGUUUUGAGGAAAGUAUCUCGGGAAGCUGCCGAGGAGCGAUACCAGAUGAUCGGCGACAGCAUCGUGCACGGUUUGAUGGAGGGACAAGGUGUCACUGAUAUUCCCUUCUCAAGCUGGCCUGUUUUGACCUUGUUAUGA